AUGGCCUGUAGGUCUGGUCAAGACCCUGAAGACUGGCUCCAACAUCUGGCUGGGUGGCGCUCAGAAUGUCAGAGAUCUAUUCAACGGGAAGAGCAGAUAGCUUCCGGCGUCCCAAUCCAGCCCGGAGAUGACUAUGUCCUUUCAGGUAGCAGAUCUUUACCACUUCUUCAAAACUGGCCAAUCGAGACGCCCCCACCUUGGUCCUUGAAACAUAACGACUCCGCCGCAUCCGAUUCCCGCCGUACAUGGAAGCCGAAAAGAGUGCGUCUGUCUGACGCGGGAGUGGUCUAUGCUCUCCUGGCUCUACCGCAAUACUACCGAACUCAAUUUCUCUCAUUCGAUUUUGAUGCGAAUGGAGACGUGCGCAGAGACAGAAUCCCAAAACCCCCCACCGUCAUUGUCUACCAGAACGGAUUGCCGACUCUGUUGACCUGGAAAGGUGUGUACAUCUUGACUGGGGGAUACAACGAUGCAGGCUGGUUGUUGGCCGAUGCAUACCCAAACUGCGAUCCCUUUUUCCAAAGCGGGCUCGUGUUCCCUGCGAUCGAGAUAGAGACAUGCGACGAGCUGAGCACCCAACUAACGCGAUAUCACCCAAUGCCUACUACUGGCCCGGAAAAGUCGACUGGGCUCUGGGGAUAUGGUGGAUGGUCAAUGGGGAUUCUGCUCAGAGGCUGUGACGAUAUUGAUGCACACUGCUUGGUAUUGGAGGGCAAAGUCCUUUCUGGGUAUCAAAAGUUGGGCUCUCUCUUUGGAUUCCAGACCAUGAUAAGUUCCAAUGCGGACCCGAGCGAUAGGAACCAGGCCAUUCAACGCAAUAUGCCUGCAGAAUCUACGCUUGAUAUUUACCAUCGGAUUGAUUGGGCCAGCAUUCCCGUGCAAAGCUUGAAGCAUGGGGAUCCUGUGGCGAAGAUUGGACAUGGAAGCGACAACAAUGUUAAUUUGCCAGUCCGAUCUCGAGACGCCAAGAGGAAGAGAGAAAUUGACAGCGAGGAAUACAAGGAUGUGGUAGCAGCUCGACACGUUUCGCUGUUAGCUGCCAGGGGCGAGGCACCUUUGCCAACCCAGGACCAUCUGGAUACAUCCUUGUCAACCCCUGACACAUUCCAAAUUCUCUGGAAGCAGCUGAAAGAGGUCGAAGCCACACCCCAGCGCUUGGAUCUGUUCACGGCGGUUGUCGCCCUGGAGGAUUUGUACCAACGAUGGGGUUGGAAUGAGAUCGCUGCCAAAAUUGUUCGCAACAAGUUCUCGCAGUCAGAGGCUGCCGCCUUGAGUAAUAUGGCUUGUUGCCUCCCACCCAGGGUCAGCUGGUCAAUGCUGGGCUUUGACAUGAAUCGGGAUGCUGUUGCGAUUCAGCAUGCAUUUAGCUACAACACUGCCCGGUCUGAAUUUGCGUGCAAGGUUGAUGACCUUGAAGAAGGGCCCGUCAAGAGAGUCUACAAGAGUUUUUCGUCUUACUUUGGUCGACUCACGACUCCCGAAGCUACGGAACAAGUUUACCAUCUGAACAUACGCUCAUCAGAAAGCCCGCGAGAUGUGCAACCGGAGCAAUCUGAGCAAAUCAUACGAUCUCCCGAAAUCCCUCCUUGUCAUUCGCAUGAUAAUGAGCCCCAUUGUCUGCAGCCGGGUAUUGCCUUGUGCGAAUACAUGGAUUCGAUUAAAGAAAAUGAGCACUAUUACAGAGAAAACAAAGCCAUUGGAAAGUUCCACGAGCAGAUGACAGCAUUCCUUGAGCAGAUGGACCACAAUCGCCCGAAAACACCCACAUAUGAAUAA